AUGGAUGAUUUUAGCCCUCCGCCAUUGCGGGCACCUACGGCAUGUGUUGCUUGCAAUAAGAAAAAGGUCCGAUGUAUCUUCGACGAAGCUUCUGAGCAAUAA